AUGAACAACAUGAGCUUAGACACGAUCAAGGAGCGUAUCCGUCAGCAGAAAACUCUAUCUAAGACUCUGCUUGACACUGUUAAUGAACUAAAGAAUGGAAAUGGACAACGCCACUCCAUCAUCAGCAUCGAAGAACAGAAACAAAAGCUAAAGGAAGACUGGGGAUUAUUUUCAGUUUCUCAUGAUGAGAUUGAGCAAUCCAGAGAUCGUCUGCACAGUAACGAACGAAGAGAACUCCGCCACAAUUCCUACUGUCGUCACAAUUUGUAUCAGCAAGUCCAACAGGGUUAUUUGGAAGCCUUGGAGACGAUAAUUCUGCGCCAAGAGAGUUUGCAGCGACAAUCAUCUCUAGAACCGCCAGCGCAAACCGUAGCGAGUAAAGUGGUGGUCCCUCAAGCACAUGUCAAGCUUCCUAGGCUUCCAUUAAAAACCUUUGAUGGUUCAUUAUUAGAAUGGCUACCUUUCAAAGAUUUCUUCGUUUCGUCAAUCAUCAGCAGCCAGUCUCUCGACGACGUUGAGCGACUACAUUAUUUAAAAUCCAGCCUCACUGGAUCAGCAGCUCAAUUCUUAAAAAACACGACUCUGGUAGCCGAGAACUUCAAGAAAUCGUGGGAAGCUCUGGUGUCAUUUUACGAAAAUAAGCGUCUCUUGACCAACGCUUCCGUGAACGCUCUAUUCUCACUCAAAUGCAUGUCGAAGGAAUCUGCCUCGGAACUAGAAGCAUUGUAUUCUUCUGUCACUCAACAUUAUCGUAUGUUGGAAACUUUAGAACGUCCAGUUCAUCAUUGGGAUGACAUCUUGGUCUUCAUCACUGUCCAACGUCUCGAUUCAGAAACCGUAAAGGCCUGGGAGUAUCAUCUAGGGUCAUCAAGAGAACCUCCUACGUGGAAGAAGCCCGUUCACGCCUACCACGCUUCAGGUGCUGCUCAACAGCAACAGACGUGCAUUUUGUGUCCAGAGAAACACUACAUUACAAAAUGUCCCACUUAUCAACGCGCGACUGAAGCUCGACGUGUUGAGAUAAUAGCCGAGCAUAAGUUAUGUUACAAUUGUCUAGGACAUCAUCGAGCAGCCUUGUGUAAAUCAACGAAAAGAUGUAUCAGAUGUGGUAGAAAACAUCAUACAACGAUUCACGAAGUUAGUUCCAUCACGAAAGAUAAGGAUAACAUUUCAAAGCAGCCUCUUCAAGCCCAUUGUGAUACAUCAAGAAAAACUACACCCAACUCUAUUACUCUACUAGCCACAGCUCAGGUCAUCGUAUGUUCAGAUUCUGGAUAUAAUCUGACUGCAAGAGCUUUAGUGGAUCCUGGGUCACAAAUAUCCUUCAUCUCAGCCAGGCUGGUCCAGCAAUUACACUUACCAAAGAAAUCAUCAUAUAUUCCUUUAAUAGGAAUUGGAGCGACCAAAGUUGGAAAGACUCAAGGACUAGUUUCUUGUUUCCUCAGAUCAAAAUCAAAUUCAAUCAAAGUUUGCCAUUUUUCUGCUCAUGUUUUGCCAAAACUGACAGCGUCCAUUCCAAUUAUUGGAACAGAUUAUCAGCAGUGGCCUCACUUAAAGGAGUUGACGUUAGCUGAUCCUACUCAGUCUCCAGGUCCCAUCGAUAUCAUCAUCGGAGCUGAUUAUUACGGACAAAUACUCGAAGAUGGACUCAAGCAAGGACCAGCUAAUACUCCAACUGCUCAGAACACGAUAUUUGGUUGGAUAUUGUUUGGACCAUGUGGCAACCCCAACAUAGAGCCUACAGCACAUCAGAGUUUUCAUACGACCAUCGAUCAAGAGUUGUAUGAUCUAAAUCAUCGUUUUUGGCUGCUAGAUGAAAUACCACAAGUUAAUCAACUACUGUCACCUGAUGAGCAAGCGUGUGAAGAUCAUUAUAAAUCAACUGUACAACAAGACCCCCAAGGAUUAAGCUACAUCGUAAGACUUCCUUUUCAAAGUCCAGCCAACUCUCUUGGACGAUCCAAAGACGCUGCCAACAGGAUGCUUAAUCGAAUAACCAAGAAAAUGGAAACUGAACCCUCUUACAAGGAAGCUUAUACUAAGUUUCUCACGGAAUAUGAAUCAUUGGGACACAUGCAAGCGAUUCCUACCGCUGACCCGGAGCCAGAACCAGUGUAUUAUCUUCCUCAUCAUGGAAUAUUGAGAGGAAGCAGUCUGGCUACCAAAUUUCGCGUUGUGUUUAAUGCAUCAAACAAAACUACGUCUGGAGUUUCAUUAAAGGAUCUUCUGCAUACUGGUGCGAAGCUUCAAAGGGAUUUGUUUGAAGUCUUAAUCUGGUUUCGACUCUUCCAAUAUGUCUUCACUUCGGAUAUAGAGAAGAUGUAUCGACAAAUCAAGAUUCAUCCAGACGAUUGGAAUUUUCAAAGGAUUUUAUGGUUAGAUCAUCAAUACCGUAUCAUCCAAUAUCAUUUAACCACUGUAACCUACGGGAUUUCAGCCGCUUCUUUUCUUGCCUUGCGCACUAUCUUACAACUCAUCCGUGAUGAAGGAUCCAAAUACCCCAAGGCGGUUCCAGUGCUACUUUCUGGACGGUACGUUGUUGAUGUUCUCGGAGGAGCAGAUACAAUAAAAGAAGCUAAAGAAACAGCGAAGCAAGUCAACGAAUUGUGCAUGGCGGGCGGCUUUCCGUUACAGAAAUGGCUCAGCAACCACAAGGAAGUCCUCCAAAGCAUUGACUCCAGUAAGCAUCUAUUUUCUACCACUGUUUUUCUGAAUCCAGAGUCUGAUAUCCACAUCCUAGGAAUGUCGUGGAAUUCAGUGACAGAUACCUUUCAUUUUCCUGUCUUCAAGCCCGCUGAAAAGGUAUUCACUAAGCGAUCUAUCCUUUCCACGAUUGCUCAUCUGUUUGAUCCAAAUGGCUUACUGUCACCAAUCAUGAUCACUGCGAAACUCAUCAUGCAAAAGCUGUAG